UUGCCCCAAAAAAAUUGAGAAGGAAAACUUCAUAGAAAUGGCGGAGGGUGCAACAUCUCUGAAGGGUUUGCGAGCUCAAAUGGCUGCAGCUGCGCAGGCACAGGCAGAGGAGCGGCGCAGCCUAGCAGGGAACAGCCCAGGGCCUGCAGUAGCAGCAGCUAACACGCCAUCCGCAGUUGUAGCAGCAGCUAACACGCCAUCCCCAGUAGUAGCAGCAGCUAACACGCCAUCCCCAGCAGUAGCAGCAAAGUCUCCCCGACCAGUCAUUGAUGGUGCUGCACUAAGGAUAGACGAGCGUCUUCGAGUGGCGAAAGAGAGACGAGAGGAGGCCGAUAGGCAGCAAGCUACAAAGGAAACUCAGAUCCUGGAGCGGGAGCGUAAGGCCAAGCUGCAGGUGGAGCGUCAGAUGGAGGAGCGCCAGAAGAAGCUGGACGAGCAGCGCAGGAAGGAGGAGCAGAGACGCUCAGCCGUGGAGGGGAAGAGGAAGCUAAAACAGGAGGAGGAGAAGGAGCACUAUGAGGCGGUGAUGCGACGGACCCUGGAGCGCAGCCAGAGAGUGGAGCAGAAGCAGAAGAGGUGGUCCUGGGGGGGGCUUUCAGAGUCAGACAACCGACCUGGAGACCCUGACGCAGGCGCCUCCUCUCCAGUAGCUAUAGUUAUCUCCCCCGCGUCUCCAGAAAAGCCCCCCAGGACACAAGCUGACAAGCGCUCUACCUCCACCAUGAACCUGAAACAGCCGGCCGAUUCUGGCAUCAACAAGCGCCUGUCCUCCUCCUCUGCCACCCUCAUCAAAUCACCUGACAAAAGUGCUCGUGUGAGGAGUUUGUCACUGAACCGGUUGCCUAGAAACAACAAAGUCGACCUAGACACUCAGCCCACUAAGGAAGGCAGAAAAAAGCUUCAGGUGGAACAGACAGGCCCCUCCCUGAAGAAGAGAAGCUCCUCCCUGACACGAGCUGGGGGGGGCAGAACGCCGACCCCCUCCAAGCUCGAUAAGGGGACGUCAGACGACCAAGCUCGCAAGCCCCUGGCGAGCCCCGUGGACGGAGGGUUCCUCAGUCGCCUUCUCAUCCCCACCCAGGCAUCAAUAGCUAGGAGCAAGAGCGCCGCAGCCCUGUCCGAAGGAGGUGAAGCCCCAGAGUGUCACCUGUGUCCUCGUUCAGCCUCACCCAGCCCCCUGCACCUGAUGCAGAGAGGACCCGUGCGCAGCCGCAGCAUCGACCGGCAGAAGAGCACCACCCUGCCCACCUCGGCCUCGGCAGACCAAUUGAACCCCUCACUGAAGGAGAAACGGUUCUCGUCGCCCGGAGGGAAGCGCCCUGCCUCGCCCUCCAACAUCGCGGGACGCCACCGCUCGCCCUCCCCUGCCACCCUCCCCGCCAGCAAAAGAACCCCCUCCCCCAGUGCAGCAAAGCAAAGUCCCCGUAACCGUCCCCCGUCACCCGGAGGUACCAAACAUCGCCCCCCGUCCCCUCAACCCAGCUCGGCCAAGCCCCCAUCCCCUCAGCCCAGCUCGGCCAAGCCACCACCCAUCCAGAGACCGGCCCUCACCCCGACCGGCCCCCCCACCCUGCGGAAGAAAGACUCCAAGCCAAAGGACCUGUGUCCCAUCCAGGCUGUGGCCCCCCAGUCCCCAGAGCCCCCCCAGACCAGCUCAACACAGACUCCUGCUCCCACAUCCUCCACUAAGACCAAAGACAAGGACGAGAAGUCCAUGGCGGGCACCAACUCUGCAGCCGAGGCCGCCAUGAUCCUUGCCGAGAACCGCCGUCUGGCACGGGAGAAGAAGGAGAGAGAAGAGGCACUCCGAGUACUGAGAGAGGAGGAGGAGAAGCUGAGGAAGGAGGAGGAGAAACGCUUGGCCGAGGAGGCACGGUUGAAACGCCUGGAGGAGGAGAGGAGGCUGGCGGAGGAGAAGAAGAAAAAGGAGGAGGAGGACGCUCUCAUGGCCGAGGCAGACCGAGAGAGACUGGAGGCUGAGGAGGCCGGGAGACAGGCUGAGCUACAGAAAGAGCGUGAAGAGGCGGAGGCUCAGGCUGCAAUUGAUGCAGAGAAGGUCCGCGUUGAGAGGGAGAGGGUAAUGGCCCAGAACCAUAAGGAACGCAUGGAGAGGAAGAAGAGAAUUGAGGAGAUCAUGAAGAGAACCAGAAAAGGGGACCAAGAAAAGGGAGGAGGAGAUGAUGAUGAUGAUGAGGAUGAGAAAGACAUACAGGAUGAAGAGGGAGAGGAAGAGGGCGAAGAAGAAACCAACUGUGUCGAAACCAAAGACAACGAGUCAACCCAGCCCGGAGAUGUUGCCUUGGAGACGGAUGACCUGGAGCGUGGACUGGCCCGCAGUGAACCAAUGGGAGUGCGGGAGGAGCCGUUGGGAUGCGUGAACGGGAUACCGGAGGCAGACAACAAGGAGAACAACAGAACCACCGCUGAGGGGCCUCUGGCUGUUAGUCCAGUGCCUAAGGUUUGUUCAGUGGGGGGCUCAGAGUUCCUGAAUGAGGACUCUAACAAGCUGGCCCCGGGGCUGAACGGUAAGCCUGGCCCCUGGAGCUUCGAGGAAUUCAUUGACCUGGGCGUCAACUCCAAGGGCCGUCCCCUCAUCGAUGCUGACGGCCGCAACCAGGGCCUCAUCGACUGUGACGGGGCCCCCAAUGGACCCAGGGUGGCCUUCGAGGACAAGGGGGCCCCCGUGUCCACCCUCCACCCCUCCAGUCAGCCCAUUGAAGCCCUGUCAGAGAUGUGAGGCUGCAGCUCUCCCUUCAGAGGCCUGUGAAUAUUGCACUUCCAGAGUUCUUGUCCAGCUGAGCUCUAGACCCCGUUACCCCCUCCACACGUACACACCCGCCCUCAGCCAGAGGAAGAGCACAGGGGUUGAGGGGGGGACAGGGACUCCCAGAACGCUAACUUUGCACCCCCACCACAUGAAAAGAAAAACAUAUAUAUAUAUAUAUAAAAAGAGAAACAAAGCUUCAGGGGAAAAUCUCUAUUCCUCCUUCAAUGUGCUCACUUCAAGGGCUCUCAUCCUCCCAUACUUACAACAGUUGACACUUGGUUAUUUUUUUAAAUGUUGUUUUGUUCAUACUGUUGUUUUUUAAGUGUUGUGCAGAGCGUGCGACGUAAUUUAUUAAUUUUGUUGUCUUCGUUAGAUGUAAUUGCUGUUAUCUCAUGUCUAGUUUUAGGGGGGUAGGCUGGUUUGAGAAUAUUCCAGGACCUAUGUACAUAACACUUUGCUAUAUGAUCGCUAGUACUGAUUGGUGGGCUGGGGAACCUGGGUAUUGUAGUCUCUCAGGGUCUGCCUACAUGAUCCCUAAGUAUCUCCAGUGGAUAAGGGAGUAUUUACACGUGUGUUACGACUUGCCGGUUCCCAAACCAGAAGCGGCACUAUGUAACUCUAAUCCCAUCCUACCCAAAUUGUAAUCCGACCUAGAAUUCUGGAUUUGUCUGGGUCUGGUAAGACUCUCCAGGUCCUAUUCUCCCAUGGUUUACCCCUAUGCCCCAAAGGGCUGGUCAGAGCCCCUCCGCCUUCCCUUGCCAUCUCCCAGCAGUCCCUCACUCCUGCACUUCUCCUUAUUGGCCACUAGGGGGCACUCAGGUCUAUGAAUCAAACAAAUGGUUUUAUGAAAUGACUGUUGCCUACUAACCUAAGGUAGCAGGCAUAAAAUAAAUGCCUGAGUGGGGUCGUAAGAAACCGGAAGCAUCCGGCUUUCAAACUUCGCCUCUUCUCAGCUUUUCCCCUGAAAACCGGAUGCUUCCGGUUUCUUCCGGCACUGCUGAGGGUGGUUGCCUACUAUUUCAAAUUUACAAACGGAAGGAUGUAGGAAUUUGACAAAGCUGGUGAUUUAGUAAAUAUUUGAACUGUUGCUGUUAACUUUCGGUUCCUGGUCUUUAGGUUUAUGUCCUCAGAUCUUGACAUGUUAUGUUUUUACAUGUAUGUAGACUUAAUGUUUAACUAACUCAUAUCAAUUUUGAAUUUAAUUGCAUCCUGAGCGCUGAGGUAUAACUUGACCCCCAGCAAUGACUGCAUGAAUUUAUACACUUACCAUAUGAAUGGCUAUAGCCUGUAGUGGAUUAACGUGUGUGUGUUGGUUAAUUGCAGUCAGACGAGGUCCAUGAGUUUCAUUUUACGUCACUCUUCUCUAAGGGGUGUACUAGUCCAGAAACUAACUUGAAUGGUUGGAAGUUUUCUCUUACGAUGCCCAAAGUUCCUUUUUCUAGGGCUAAAACGCAGUUUUGACCUGGCUGUAGAUGUAUGGAGUGUCUCCUACAUUCGCUGUCUGUCUGUCUAGCUCGUUCCAUACAAAUUCCAGUGCUUCUCCACUAAGCUUCUAUGUUACUUCUCCUGGCAAAAAAAAAAGUGUUUCAAAUAUUUGUGUCAUAAUUUGGCUGUCUGUUUAUAUACAAUAUACGAAAAUACAUUUCCUCUUAUUUAAGUGUUAUUGUAUUAUGUAUGUAAUCAGUAUUGGGCCAAUGCGUCUGUGGGUGGGGUACUGCGAAUGGAUGUUACUUUAUUUAAAUGUUGGUUCUAUUAGACUCGUGCCCUUUGCCAGGGUAGUCAGUGCUGUUACCCUAUGGUCUGUUCUAAAUUAAGCCCUGUCUCCUGCCCUCUAGGCCCUUUAGUAGAUUGGAUUGGUGUAAGCAAUAUGGUAACAAUUCCACAAGGUGAAGCUAUUAUAUUGCUUAUACCUGUCAAAUGCUUACAAAGUGCCAAGGGAUAGGGACUAAGGGUUGGUGUGGAAUUGAGUCAGGUCCGGUUUUGGUGUUACCCAGGAGGCUACAGGAAACCCUCCUGUUCUCCAGUACUCUGAGCCUAGGGCAGGGGAUCCUCAUACUGUAGAGGGAAGAUGUCUGUGCACAUUGAUUGAGGGCAUUUUGUGAAGUUGUGACUUUCAUCCCCCAACCACCUCUGACAAUCGCCUUGGUCUCCGACAGGGGUGGACUGAGGGGUGGAAAUGUUUCAGUGCUUUAUCACAGUGUGAAAGUUUGCAGUCAUAUGGUGUCUGAAGGUGAACUCUGACUACUGCGCCACACGCUUCUCUGUAUAGCAGCAGUGUGACGGAGUGAAUCUACCGCUAAAUGAUGGAGAUGGGAGCAAAUGCGAUUUGGCCAGUCUUGUUCUUGUCUGGUUUAUGGCUUCUUUAAAAUCUGUGUCGAGAAGCUUGAAUUCCCUAUGCUUGAAUCAUCCAAACGGAGAGGUUUGGGGACCUUUUGUUUUUUGCUUCAUAAUAAAUCUGUUGACUCUGUCACAUUUAAUAAACCAGAAGGUUUCUCUGAAAUAGCUUUAUAUUUUACAUACCUUAUGUCUGGACUUAGACCCAUGAGCUUAGCUUUGAGAAUGUAACUUUAACUAAACAAACAAGCCCUUAAUCAUUUAACAUGCUUCUCUUUCUGAGGAGAAGCCUUUUUUUGUUUUCAUGUGCAACCAGUUUUAUUAUUCAUCACAACAUAAGACACUUUGCACUGUGGGAGGUUUUCCACUACUUGAAAGGGUUGAAAAGCUUUCUAAAAUGAAUUACACAGGGUUGACUUGUCACCAAGAAGUAACUUUACUGUAUAGUCCUGUUCCCGAGGUGUGUGUGUGGUAUUCUGGAAAGAAAGUUCUCUCUCCUCUCCGGUCUCCUCCCAUCCAGGCCUUUUAUGAACUCCACACCUUGACUUGACUAACCUUUUAUCUUUUCAAAGUGCAGGGGAUUGCUGUAGACUUGUUCAAUAUGAAACGCUUGUUCCUUGGUCAGGUCUACAUGUGCUUAGUUAAUGGCAGUGGCGCUGGCACAUCCAGUCACGGAUACUGUAGAUCGGACCAAUGCAGGACAGUCGCUGAUUUGAUACUAGAAAUGUUCCAGGUCCUGUUAAGUUUUUUAAUUCCGAUCCCUUUCUGCAUCUGUGGGCCUGAAUACAGAGCUAACUGUUCUUAAUUGAUCUCAUGAUUCAGUGGCUAUGACGGUAGAAUAGAAUGCCUUAGAUUGAGAAUAGGCUGUAUUUUUAUUUUAUAGUAAUUAAUAACUAAUCAAAUGUGUCACGUGUCCUUGCGUCGGCCAUGACAAUCAUUCUAACCGACCAGGGCUACAAUGUGAAUAUCAAUAGCUGUUCCAGACCCUAACCCAAGCCAUGUCCACAAAUUAUAUUUGUAAAUAUAUCUAAAGUGUUCUGAGAAGAUAUGAACUGUUAAAAUAAAGUUUUGCUAAAUAAAA